AAAACCCUAAACAAUCUCGUUUCCGAAUAUCUCCGUCUCGGAAAAGAAACAAUAUUCUCGCAGGGAAGAGAAAGAAAGAAAAAAAAGAGCAGCCGUUCGAGCAGGACUCUCUAUGUUGGGAAUCUUCCUGGCGAUGUUCGCGAAAGUGAAGUUGAAGAUCUGUUUUACAAGUAUGGUCCCAUAGUCCAUAUUGACCUGAAGAUUCCACCAAGACCUCCAGGUUAUGCUUUUGUUGAGUUUGAAGAGGCUCGAGAUGCUGAAGAUGCUAUACGUGGUCGUGAUGGCUAUGAUUUUGGAGGACAGCGUUUGCGGGUUGAACUUGCACAUGGUGGCCGUGGACGUUCAUCCUCAGACCGUCACAGCAGUUAUGGAGGUGGGCAUGGGCGUGGACCAUCCAAACGUUCUGAAUAUCGUGUGUUAGUCACUGGAUUGCCAUCUUCAGCUUCAUGGCAAGAUCUUAAGGAUCACAUGCGACGAGCCGGGGAUGUUUGUUUUUCCCAAGUUUUCCGUGAUGGUGGUGGGACAAUGGGAAUUGUGAAUUACACCAAUUAUGAUGACAUGAAGUAUGCUAUCAAGAAACUUGAUGACUCUGAAUUUCGGAAUGCCUUUUCUCGGGCUUAUGUUCAGGUUAAGGAAUAUGAUUCUAAGAGAGAUUCCUCUAGAAGUCCCAGUCGUGGUUGUUCUCUCUCAAGAAGCCAAAGCCGCAGCCGCUCUCGUGGUCGGAGCAAUAGCAGCAGCAAAUCUCCUAGAACCAAACCUUCACGCGAGUCACCUGCAAAGUCAAGAUCAAGGUCACCUUGUUCCCCCCAUUCGUCAAGGUCUUGCUCUUUGUCAGGAUCUCGAUCAAAAUCAAGAUCUCCUUUGCCUUCUCGCGGAAAAGGAAGGAGCAAGAGUCCUAAAAGGCGCAGUGUUAGCAAGAGUCCAAGUGGGAGUAGAAUCAGGAGUAGGAGCAAAAGUUUAUCCAGGUACAGGUAAGUUACCAUGCAGAGUUGAUGUGUGACCUGAAAGCUGAUGAAAGAUCCUAUGAAAUUUAACUUGAAGCUGUGGGGGAGAAAAGAACUUAUUGGAAGUGUACCAAUCAUGCUGGAUUUCAUGGCUAGAGUUUGCUAUAUAUUGAAUCAUUUUACUAUUGUUUUUAACUCCAUUGCUCUGGUGUGGAAUCUCUAAAAGACUUAUUUAU